CCGUUGACAUGCAUGUAAAUGAUCCACCUCAUUCAAAAUUUACAAGAGGAGAGAAAUGUAUUUUCUUCCACAUAGUUCUCGUGUUUGUUGCAAUUUUAUUUAUGCUUAUAAUAUUUAUAAUUCAUUUAUAUGUCGUUAACCAUACCGAAAAGAGUGCAGGUAACACACGACGCUCUGGCAACAAAGAUAACGUUCAAGAUUAUCCAUCAAUUGGUGUAGUUUAUUUGGAUGUAACACCAAUAGUGACAGUAUGUAACUCCAUGCUCCUUCGAACCAAGUGGUCGAUCUCUCCUGCGAACUGUGUCGUUAUACGAACCCAUCCAGAACUAGCUUUUAUGCUGAUGAGAUGGAGGAUUGAUUAUGGACAGGAUACGAUAUAUACCACCAAAAUAAAACGUAGCGUGCCACACCCACAUUUCGACAAAGAUACUUUUAGCAAUAAUAUCGGAUUAUUUGAACACGUCGAUACGAUCCCAUUACAACAGUUUCUGGUUAAUUUAGAUUAUGUUAAUUUGGAACAUAGCUCAUUCAAUCUACGGAUAAUCACAAGAGAAAAAAUUGAAGGCUCCAACAAAUUAUUAAUUUACGAUGCAUCAUACAUAAAGAGAGAGACAUGUAUUGAAGAUCUUUCGGUUAUAGGAGAUGUACGAAGCUAUGAAUACUGCAUUAUACCUAAGGACAAACCAACAUUGGUGUAUGGAGCGUUAGUUAUGCUAAAUAAAGAAGUCGUGGGUAUAUAUUCCUGGGGCGAGCGAAAUACUUAUCGGCUCCCUUGUGUUAUACUGAACGUUACAUUUUAUUCAGAAUGGAUUGACACAAUCGUUUUCUAUGAAAUUACUUAAUAAAAUUAAUAGAUACAAUUAA